AUGGUAGUUUUCAAUGGCCUCUUGAAGAUUAAGAUCUGCGAGGCCGUGAGCCUGAAACCCACAGCCUGGUCACUGCGCCAUGCGGUGGGACCCCGGCCUCAGACGUUCCUCUUGGACCCUUACAUCGCCCUCAACGUCGAUGACUCGCGCAUCGGACAGACUGCUACCAAGCAAAAGACCAAUAGCCCGGCCUGGCACGAUGAAUUUGUCACCGACGUGUGCAAUGGGCGCAAGAUUGAACUGGCGGUCUUCCACGAUGCCCCCAUCGGGUACGACGACUUCGUCGCCAACUGCACCAUCCAGUUUGAGGAGCUGCUGCAGAACGGGAGCCGCCACUUCGAGGACUGGAUUGAUCUGGAACCAGAAGGAAGAGUGUAUGUGAUCAUCGAUCUCUCUGGGUCCUCCGGCGAAGCACCCAAAGACAAUGAGGAGCGAGUGUUCAGGGAGCGAAUGCGGCCAAGGAAGCGGCAGGGGGCUGUCCGCCGCAGGGUCCAUCAAGUCAAUGGCCACAAAUUCAUGGCCACCUACCUUCGGCAGCCCACCUACUGUUCUCACUGCAGAGACUUCAUCUGGGGUGUCAUAGGAAAACAGGGAUACCAAUGUCAAGUUUGCACUUGCGUGGUUCACAAGAGAUGCCAUGAGCUUAUAAUAACGAAGUGUGCGGGCUUAAAGAAACAGGAAACACACGAUGAGGUGGGCUCCCAGCGGUUCAGCGUCAACAUGCCCCACAAAUUCAGUAUCCACAACUAUAAAGUCCCUACUUUCUGUGACCAUUGUGGAUCCUUGCUUUGGGGUCUCUUGCGACAAGGUUUACAGUGCAAAGUCUGCAAGAUGAAUGUUCAUCGGCGCUGUGAAACGAAUGUGGCGCCCAACUGUGGGGUGGAUGCGAGGGGGAUCGCCAAAGUGCUGGCUGACCUGGGAGUCACUCCAGAUAAAAUCACCAACAGUGGUCAGAGAAGGAAAAAGCUAAUUGCAGGUGCUGAGUCUCAGCAGCCAGUCCCUGGGAGCUCCCCAUCAGAAGAUGAUCGAUCCAAGUCAGCGCCUACCUCCCCUUGUGAUCAGGAAAUCAAAGAACUUGAAAACAACAUUAGGAAGGCCUUAUCAUUUGACAACCGAGGGGAGGAGCACCGGGCUGCAGCAUCGACAGAUGGUCAACUGGCCAGCCCUGGAGAGAAUGGAGAGGUCCGGCAGAGCCAGACGAAGCGGAUGGGCCUAGAAGAGUUCAACUUCAUUAAAGUGUUAGGCAAAGGAAGCUUUGGCAAGGUUAUGCUAGCGGAGCUCAAGGGCAAAGAUGAAGUGUAUGCUGUGAAGGUCUUAAAGAAAGAUGUCAUCCUUCAGGAUGAUGAUGUAGAUUGCACCAUGACAGAAAAGAGGAUUCUAGCCCUAGCACGGAAACAUCCCUACCUAACACAACUCUACUGCUGCUUCCAAACUAAGGAUCGUCUCUUUUUCGUCAUGGAAUAUGUAAAUGGAGGAGACCUGAUGUUUCAAAUUCAACGUUCCCGCAAAUUCGAUGAACCUCGAUCUCGAUUCUAUGCCGCGGAGGUCACAUCAGCACUCAUGUUCCUUCACCAACAUGGUGUCAUCUACAGGGAUUUGAAACUGGAUAAUAUUCUUCUUGACGCAGAAGGUCACUGUAAGCUGGCUGAUUUUGGGAUGUGUAAGGAAGGGAUUUUGAACGGAGUGACCACGACCACCUUCUGUGGGACUCCUGAUUACAUUGCACCAGAGAUCCUUCAAGAGUUGGAGUAUGGCCCCUCAGUGGACUGGUGGGCCUUAGGAGUGCUGAUGUAUGAGAUGAUGGCUGGGCAACCCCCCUUUGAAGCUGACAAUGAAGAUGACCUCUUUGAGUCCAUCCUCCAUGACGAUGUGCUCUACCCAGUGUGGCUCAGUAAAGAAGCUGUCAGUAUUCUCAAAGCAUUCAUGACGAAAAACCCCAAUAAGCGAUUGGGCUGUGUGGCGGCGCAGAGUGGGGAGGAAGCCAUCCGACAGCAUCCCUUCUUCAAGGAGAUCGAUUGGGUGCUGCUGGAGCAAAAGAAAAUCAAGCCUCCAUUCAAGCCUCGAAUUAAAACCAAAAGAGACGUCAAUAACUUUGAUCAAGACUUUACUCGGGAAGAACCAGUCCUCACACUAGUUGAUGAAGCAAUUGUUAAACAGAUCAAUCAAGAGGAAUUCAAGGGGUUCUCCUAUUUUGGAGAUGAGCUGCUCCCUUAA